UUAAAUAUGGCGGCGAAUUCUGUGCCUAGCAUCGAACAUGUUCUUAACCUCCUUGGUGGCUACCGAAUGUCCUUUGCUAUGUUUGCUGCUCUGAAUCAUGGAAUCUUUGAAUAUCUUGAGAAGAGCGAUGAGGGACGAACGGCUGAACAGACAGCAAAAGAUUUGACCCUCGACGAGACUGCCACCACAGUUUUACUCGACACUUGCACCAGCGUGGACCUUCUCGUGAAGGAUAUACCGAACGGAGAAAUGGUGAAUGCUCGCUAUUCAAACUCGGAACACACCAAACGAUAUCUUCUCGCAAACAGUCCAGAGUCGCUGUAUUCAUUCGCUAUACUUAUGUCUUGAAUCGGCACAAAACAUAUCGUAAAUUUUGCGGAACACGUCAUAAAAGAAGGGGAAAAUCAACAGAACACGGAGCAAGUACUUGAGCUGUCGUCAAAAGAACCCUUCGAAAAUUUGUGCAAAACUAAGGAUAAAAUGAUCGCGUUUGGAGAAGCGAUGCAUGCUCUUAUGACGGUGUCCUUACCCACCGUACUUGGCCCCUUCGACCUUUCCAGAUUCAACCAUCUUUGUGAUCUUGGAGGUUCUGGUGGAACAUUGUCCUACGCUGCUGUGAAAUCCUACCCAAAGAUGAAAUCGACUGUCUUCGAACUUCAACAAGUCGUCGACAUCGCCGACCAUUUCCGACCAUCUGCCGAAGAGUGUCCUAACCGAGACAAGGUCACAUUUGUGGCGGGAGAUUUCUUCAAGGAUGACCUGCCACUAGCAGAUCUUUACAGUUUGGUUCAAAUACUUCACAGCUGGGACGAGGAGAAAAUCGAUCUCCUACUGAGUAAAGUUUACGUGAGUCUACCUUCUGGCGGAGGUAUUUUGAUUGGUGCAUUUAUCCCUGACGACGACAUGCGGGGUUCUUCCUUGGACGUUUCCUACAGUAUGCUCAUGCUUUCUGUUUGCCCUGGCGGUCGUGAGAGGUCUGGGAAAGAGCAUGAACAGCUGCUGACCAAACAUGGCUUCGUUGAAAUUCAAUGUCGACAAAGUGGGAUCCCACAUCUUGCCGGUGCGGUGUUUGCAACAAAGCCAUGA